GUGCCAAGCGAGCUCAAUAUCGUAAAAAAAGAAAGUUCGAAUUAGGUAGACAAUCCGGUAACACUAAACUUGGACCUAAGCGUAUUCAUGAAGUCCGCGUUCGUGGCGGGAACUUAAAGUUCCGCGCCAUCCGUCUUGACCAGGGUAAUUUUUCUUGGGGAUCAGAGGCUAUUACCAGGAAAGCAAGAAUCAUUGCAGUUGUUUAUAACGCCUCUAAUAACGAGCUGGUUCGGACGAAUACACUGGUGAAAGGAGCGGUUAUUCAAAUCGAUGCCACUCCCUUUAGACAAUGGUUUGAAGCGCAUUAUGUUCAACCUCUAGGUCGCAAGAAGGCAAAAAAAGAAGGCACGGUUGAGUCAGAAGAAUUAAAUAAAAAACGAUCAAACCAUCUUCAAAGAAAAAUUGAAGCACGUAAAGAGGCAGCUAAUGUUGACCCUUUAUUGGAUGACCAGUUUACUACUGGUCGUUUGUUUG